AUGAUAAUCGGUUUCGAUGGCAGUCAUUGUUACUACGUAACCGAGGCAUGCCCUAUUGAGUAUGCGUACUGGGGUUAUCGACCUUCACUCAGCACGAACAUUACCUUCACUGCACUAUUCGGUCUAUCUACUAUCGCUUUCCUUGCGCAGGGUAUCGCAAGCAAGAAAUGGCUCGGUUUCACCAUCGCCAUGGCCUCUGGCUGCGCCCUCGAAGCCGUCGGUUACGUUGGGCGCAUACUAGCCCACCAGGACAUGUUCGCUGAGAACCCGUUCCUCAUCCAGAUCAUCUGCUUGACCAUCGCGCCCGCAUUCCUCGCCGCAGGCAUCUAUCUCUGCCUCUCACGCAUUGUCACUACCGUUGGUCCCCAGCACUCUCGUAUCAAGCCACUCUCCUAUCCCAAAAUCUUCAUUCCUUGCGACUUCAUCUCCCUUGUGCUUCAGGCUGCUGGUGGAGGCAUGGCCAGUGUCUCGACACACAAUGGUGAGGACCCGGAGAAAGGCAACAACGUCAUGAUUGCUGGAUUGGCUUUCCAAGUAGCAACUCUGCUCCUCUUUAUCCUCCUCGCCGCCGACUUCGCGUGGCGUACAUACUGCGGUCGUACCUCCCGAGGCCAGAUUUCUCCGGACCAACAGCCGGCUAUUCUCCGUCGCUCCUGGCCGUUCAAGGCUUUUCUCCUUGCACUAUCUCUUUCGACUCUCUGUAUAUUCACGAGGUGCGUAUUCCGCGUGGCUGAGCUGAGUGAAGGAUGGGAGGGUCAUCUUGCCAAUACACAGAAAUAUUUCGUUGGAUUGGAAGGCGCAGUCAUUGUUGCGGCAGUCUUGCUCUUGAACCUCUGUCAUCCGGUAUACUGCUUCAAAGACGUAAUCGAUGUGCGAGAGGUGCAUAUGCAGCGCCUUGCAGAUGGAAGCACUACUGAUUUUGUUGGAGUUCAUGCUGGGGUGUCUAAAUAUGGGCAACAAUUCUAA